AGUCACAGCUCGAAGUGCUCCACCAAGAACGCAACAACCUCGUAGCCAGGACCAGGCCGUGAUGCGGUGGUGGCACAGCCUAGUGGCCGCCGGCGCCUUGCUCGCCGCCGCGCUGGCGCUCAGCGCCGCGGGGCUGCGCUCGCCGACGGAGCACGGGCAGCAUUCGGCUGACGCCCUGCGGCCACCGCUGCGGUUCGCGUCGGCCGGGGUUUUCAAGGUGGCGCUCUUCGCGGACCUACAUUACGGCGAGGACGCGUGGACGGACUGGGGCCCCGCGCAGGACGCCGGAUCUGACCGCGUCAUGGCCGCCGUCCUCGACGCCGAGAAGCCCGACUUCGUGGUGUACCUUGGCGAUCUUGUGACGGCGAACAACCUCCCGAUUCCCAACGCGAGCUUGUACUGGGACAGAGCAAUUUCUCCGACCAGAGGCAGGGGGAUCCCAUGGGCGACCGUGUUCGGAAACCACGACGACAUGCCGUUCGAGUGGCCUCCCGAGUGGUUCUCCCCUGCAGGUGUUCCACCACUGUGUUGCCCACCGGCAAGCUCGUCCGUUUCAGGUGAUGAUCAAGGAUGCAGCUUUCGAGGGACUCCGCGGAUUGACCUCGUGGCAGACGAAAUCAGCAAGAACAGAUUGUCCUAUUCAACAAACGGCCCCAAGGACCUGUGGCCUAGUGUGUCCAACUACGUGUUGCAGGUGCUCUCACGUACCCAAGAUGAUCCAGCUCUGCUCCUGUACUUUCUUGACUCUGGUGGGGGGUCAUACACAGAAGUCAUAUCUAGUGCUCAGGUCAAGUGGUUUCAGAGUCAGUCUCAGUUCCUUAAUCCAAACGGAAGGAUCCCUGAGCUAAUCUUUUGGCAUAUACCAAGCACAGCAUAUGUUAAGGUAGCUCCAAAGGCCAAAUCUGAAAUAAGAAAACCCUGUGUUGGGUCUAUCAACAAGGAAGAUGUAGCACCACAAGAAGCUGAAUGGGGUAUCAUGGAUGCUCUUGCCAAGAGGCCGUCACUUAAGGCAGUCUUUGUUGGGCACAACCACGGGCUGGACUGGUGCUGCCCGCACGAGAAACUGUGGUUAUGUUUUGCACGGCACACGGGCUAUGGGGGCUACGGUAACUGGCCCAAAGGAGCAAGGAUCAUUGAGAUAACUGAGAAGCAAUUCUCGAUUGUGUCCUGGAUACGGAUGGAGAACGGGACGAAGCACAGCGAUGUUACACUAUAAGCUCCUGAAUCCGUUGCCUGUGCAUGUAUAAGCUGAUCCCCUGCGUUGUGUAGUUUCAGAGAGAUUUCCCGUGCAACCAUCACAGAAGUUCCAGCUGCAAUUGGUUAUGUUCAACUCUACGCAGCACUUCACAAAAUCUCAAAUGAGUUUUAAUAUGUGCAAAGGAGAGUUUGAAAGAAUAAAACACUAGGACUGAGAGACUACUUGCUGUAAAUGGCUUAGUACGGGCACUUAUCUAUCUAUUAUCUUAAUAUUUAAGCAGAAAAGAAGUUACCAGUUUCUUAA